GACCUUCUCAGGGGCCAACUUGAUCCAGACUCUCAGCACAGUUGCGUCCCGGUGCCAUUGAAGCUGAGCCUGCAGCAUGUGGAACGCGACGCCAAGCGGGGAACCGGAGCCCAACCUCACGCUGGCGGACCUGGACUGGGAUGCACUCCCCACUAACGACUCCCUGGUGGACGAGCUACUGCCGCUCUUCCCCGCGCCGCUGCUGGCGGGCGUCACAGCUACCUGUGUGGCGCUCUUCGUGGUGGGCAUCGCGGGUAACCUGCUCACCAUGCUGGUGGUGUCGCGCUUUCGGGAACUGCGCACUACUACCAACCUCUACCUGUCCAGCAUGGCCUUCUCCGACCUGCUCAUCUUCCUCUGCAUGCCCCUCGACCUCGUCCGCCUCUGGCAAUACCGGCCCUGGAACUUUGGCGACCUGCUCUGCAAACUCUUCCAGUUCGUCAGCGAGAGCUGCACCUAUGCCACGGUGCUCACCAUCACAGCGCUGAGCGUCGAGCGCUACUUCGCUAUCUGCUUCCCUCUGCGCGCCAAGGUGGUGGUCACCAAGGGCCGGGUAAAGCUGGUCAUCUUGAUCAUCUGGGCCGUGGCCUUCUGCAGCGCCGGUCCCAUCUUUGUAUUAGUCGGGGUGGAGCACGAGAAUGGCACCGACCCUCGGGAUACCAACGAGUGCCGCGCCACCGAGUUCGCGGUGCGCUCCGGACUGCUCACAGUCAUGGUGUGGGUAUCCAGCGUCUUCUUCUUUCUGCCUGUCUUUUGCCUAACUGUCCUUUACAGUCUCAUCGGCAGGAAGCUGUGGCGGAGGAGACGCGGAGAUGCAGCGGUGGGCGCCUCGCUCAGAGAUAAGAACCACAAGCAAACUGUGAAAAUGCUGGCUGUAGUGGUGUUUGCUUUCAUCCUCUGCUGGCUGCCCUUCCACGUGGGGAGGUAUUUAUUUUCCAAAUCCUUUGAGCCGGGCUCUCUGGAUAUUGCUCAGAUCAGCCAGUACUGCAACCUUGUGUCCUUCGUCCUCUUCUACCUCAGCGCGGCCAUCAACCCCAUUCUGUACAACAUCAUGUCCAAGAAGUACCGGGUAGCGGUGUUGAAACUUCUGGGAUUUAGUUCCUUCUCCCAGAGAAAGCUCUCCACUCUGAAGGAUGAAAGUUCCCGGGCCUGGACAAAAUCUAGUAUUAAUACAUGACAGACACAUUGCUGAGCAGUCAUCGCUUAAUUAUUCUACA